AUUUUCUCCCCUCUUCCGAGAAGAAUACAAGAAAGUACUUUUCGUGGAUCUUUCUUUGAUGCCUGCGCGCCAUUGUAUCUAUCUACUCGGCUGAUUGUUUCGACAUCUCGCUUUCCUCAUCCUCUAAUUUAUGCACUCUCGGUGUUUCAUCAAUUUGGCCUGAGUGGUGGUGAAGCCGAAUAUGGCUUUAACCUUCAUAGCCGAAACGGCGGCGACGGUGAUCAUCGAGAAUCUUGUCAGCAGGUGCUUUUCCUACCUCGAGGCGUGCCCGGCAGCUGGCGGCAUGCAGGACGAGCUCGAACAGCUGCAGCACGCCCUUCCGCAGGUCCAGGCAGUCUUGACUGCGGUCGAGGAGGGUGCGCCGGUCGUGGUGCGGAAGACGGCGCUGGAUACGUGGCUGUGGCAGCUUAGAGACGCCGUGGAGAACGCGGAGGACGUGCUCGACGAGCUCGACUACUACGAGUUACAGAAGACUGACAAGGUGCGUGGUAUUCUAUCUGACCGCAUGAGAAUGUCUGAUAGUUUCGUUAAUGGUAUCUUUAGCGAUGACACACUGAAGCGGUUGAGGGAGGCCGUCAAGGGGCUGGGUCGGGUCAUUGCCGAUAUGGGCUCACUCCUUCAUCUCGUUACUGGGUUUUAUGGCCCCGGCGCUAAGAGUCAGAAACUCGAGGAAAUUAAGAAUGCUCGCGAGACUAGCUCCUUGUUGACCGAAAGUGAGGUGCUCGGACGAGAGGAGGAGAGGGACCUAAUAGUUGAAUGGCUGAUCAAACCAGGAGAUGCUGACAUCGAUCUCUCUGCUUUUACAAUUGUUGGUAUGGGUGGGCUCGGGAAGACUACUCUUGCUCAACUAAUAUGUCAUGACAAAAGAGUGCGAGAGUACUUCGACCUGAUUAUGUGGGUUUGCGUUUCUCAGGAUUUUGAUGUAACUGUGAUAACAAGAAAGAUUUUACAAUGUAUGAGUAAUGUGAAUUUUGGUGACAAGGGUCUACAUGUACUCCAUGAAAAUCUUAAACGAAAACUAACGUCGAAGAGGUUUUUGCUCAUACUAGAUGAUGUUUGGAACGAUGAUAAAAUGGCGGAGUGGGAGAAAUUGGUUGCUCCUUUGAAAUUCGGACAGAGAGGAAGCAAGAUCCUGUUGACAACUCGGAUGGGUUCAGUUGCGGAUAAGGCGGCAAAAGUGAUGAAAUGCAAGCGGGAACCAUUAAAUCUAAAUAAGUUGGAGGAGAGCGACUGUAUGUCGCUUUUCAAUAAGCAUGCGUUCCUCGGUGUGCGCCCUCAUGAUUAUAAAAACCUGCAGUUGAUCGGCGAGCAGAUAGUGAAGAAACUUGGAGGAAGCCCAUUGGCAAUAAAGAUCAUGGGAGGAAUACUGAAUUCCUGCAUGGACUAUGAAUAUUGGAAGAAAAUCUUGGAAGAAGACAUCAUGAAAUUACAACAAGGAAAGGACGGCAUCAUGACAAUUUUGAGAUUAAGCUACGAUCACUUGCCCGCAAACUUACAACUCUGCUUUAGAUAUUGCAGUUUAUUUCCGCAGGAUCAUGUGUUUAAGAGGAAAACAUUGGUCAAUAUGUGGAUUGGUUCGGGUCUGAUUCCACAAUCUAUUUGUGGCAGGCAAAGGCAGCCAGAGGAUAUCGGAAAGGAGUAUUUAAAUCUUCUGACAAGAAAAUCAUUCUUUACAUGCAAAACCAGCGAUAAUAUGUUGAAAAUUACUAAAGAGUAUUUUAUGCACGAUCUGCUCCAUGACCUAGCACAAUCAGUUUCUCUAGGAGAAUGCAUCAGAAUAGGAGGUGACGUCGUAGGAAUUACUAUUCCACGAACAGUUCGACAUUUAUCUAUUGAAAUGGUCAAUCUUCUUUCCAUCAGAGCGAUCUCCAAUCUUAAGAACGUGCGCACUCUAAUCAUUUCUGUUAAAGAGUAUAAUAAGCAUAAUGCACUUCAUGUACCUGAAUUUAUGAAGAUUAUAAAAGGGUUUAAAAAGUUACGCUUAUUGAUCUUAGAUGUGAAUAUUAUUAACACUUAUAAACUGCUUGAUGCACUUAGUAGCUUGAUACACCUCCGCUACCUAUCUCUUUCACUGGAGGAUGUUGUGGAUGAAAGUAUUAAAUAUGAUGGCUUGACCAAUGAAAGUAUUGAAUAUGAUGGCCUGACCAACUUGGUCAAUUUGCGUUCAUUACAUGUUCCCUAUCUCGUGACAAACAAUAUUCCUUAUAUUAGCAAACUACCCUUCAUCCGCAAAUUAGAAGAUUUUUUUGUCCGAGAGGAGAGUGGCUACAAAAUCAGCGAACUAAAGAACCUAAGAGACCUUCGUCAUCUUCACAUUAGUGGACUUAGAAAUGUGAGGAGUCCUGAAGAAGCCAUUGAGGCCAAUCUAAAUGAGAAAAAACAUCUCAAAUCACUAUCAUUGGAUUGGUCCACAUACCGCUCCAAUAGCGCAGAGGCAGAUGAACAGCUCCUCGAUAACCUUUGCCCUCAUAUCAAUCUCAAGAAAAUGCACAUCGAACAAUACCAAGGUGCUAAAUCUCCAUGCUGGAUGACAGGUCUGUCGCUCAUCAAUUUGACAUCUAUCAAACUGAUGCACUGUAAACGAUGGGAGCACCUCCCGCCUCUUGGGCAGUUUUCUUCGCUCCAACUUCUUUUCUUGUGGGGACUGCAUGCAAUAAAGCAAAUGGAUUGUUCAGUCUUUGGAAGCAGUAGUGGAUGUGCCUUUCCAUCAUUGAAGCACUUAUGGUUACGGGAUAUGCCUAACUUGGAGGAGUGGAUUGGAAUUGAUGAUAGGUGCAUUUUUCCUCAACUUCAUUCUAUGUAUAUUGCUGAUUGCCCUAAUUUGAGAGGAAUUCCUACUCUGCAUUAUGGUCUAAGAGAUUUGCAUAUUUCUAAUGUCGGAUUGACCGCUUUUCCAACAAUAAAUCAAGAUUCCGCAAACAACAAUCAGCAAGAACAUUUUCAGGCUCUUGAGAGGUUGGUCAUCGGACAAUGUGAGAAGCUCGAAUAUUUUCCAACAGAUUUUUUUGGGAAAUUCAAUGCCAUAAAAUCCCUGUGUGUAGAGAAGUGUCCGAAGUUGACAAAACGUGGGAUCUCAGACAUCCAAGUGCCCUCUGUACUCGGUGAUCUCACAAUUGGGUCAUGUGGCGACCUUGAGGCGCCAUUGCUGUGGUCAGCGAAUUUAACCUCUCUUACUGAGUUGAAAUUAUUCGAUUGUGCAAGGAUAGCAUCCCUUCCCCCAGCACAAGUGUGUGCACGAUGGACGAUGCUUUCCCGUCUAAUGAUAAAGAACUGCAAAGAACUGUCAUCAUUUGGCGGAAUACAAGCUCUCAUAUCCCUCCGAUAUUUAGAUAUUGAAGGGUGUGACAAGCUAAUUGAAGUUGCCCUGCUGCUGCAGCCUCCGUUCCCAAACGAUGUCGGCCGAAAAAAGAAUGCUGCAGGACUGGACUGCUUUUUGAAGAAUGGCAGACUAUCAAUUGACCACCACGCGCUCCUGCUCAUGGAGCCAUUGAGAAGUCUGACCUUCGUCAGUGUUUUCUAUUUCAAUCCCGCUUCGCAACCCACCAGCUUACCUGAGGAAUGGCUACUGCAAAAUCACGCUGCCCUCGAAAAGAUAAUCAUAUCGGGCGCAUGCUCCCUUCAGUCCCUACCCCGGAGCAUGACAAAAUUGUGCUCCCUCGAGUUUUUGGAAGUGUGGAAUGCUAACCUCAUCCAGUCACUUCCAGAUCUGCCUAAUUCCCUACAUACUCUACGCCUCAACUGCUGUCACCCUGUGUUGAAGGAGCGAUGCCAAGAGAAUAUAGGCCUUGAUUGGCCCAAGAUUGCCAACAUCCGUUAUCUGAGGAUUGCAUAGCAUUAUUUGCAGAUCGUGAUGAUGAUGCAUAUUAAUUGGGUGAUGAUGCAUAUUGUACGUACAUUGUUAGAUGUGACUUGAAAUUGAUAAUCGACUUCAGUUCGGGGUUUCGACUUGCCGGCAGUUUCGCGGUGCGGCCAAAUUGGAAAAUAAAGUUGUGAAGGAAAAAUGAAUAUCUGUGGUGGAUAGCAGAGGGCUCGGGCCAACCCGCGGUACGGAUCGGAUCCGAAACCGUUAAGAGUUUCCUUUUCAUUUUUGCCCUAAAGGCGAUAGAUCAUGGUCGGUUGUAUCUUGAACAUUGUAUUUCCCUUUUUCGACAGUGAAGUUCUCUCCUCCCUCGCCCGUGGUUUUUCCCUGCAAAGAGGUGUUCCAUGUAAAUCUGUGUGUUCUUCUUUUUCUGCUAGUGGUUUGUUUAUUUCGUGUUCGUCAUUUUCGUUUUCCGUUUGUGCGUUUGUCAUAACAUACACUUUACCGCCCUUCACCUCGCCCAUGCUACCCUUUGUCAUUGAUGCAAUUCAUCCUGGUCUUAAUGAACAAGUUCUCAUUCAAUCCUAACAAGUUUAUCUCAUUUGUUACAGGUUUACUUCCUUUUUUUCUGGACACUGCUCUUUUUUGGAUAAUGCAAGAGCAGCCAGGUUCAUAUUUAACUUAGCAGACUCGAAAGAAUUUAUACUUUUCACCCUUAAUUUACAGUUUGGAUACUGGUCAGUUGUUACAUCUAUCUUGCUAGGCCUGAAUAUUGAAGCAAUGGAUUAGUCAUGUAAGACAAACAAUGCAAUGAUUAUUAUAAAUAUAUGUUGCCCCAGUAAUUACUUAAUUUCUACAAUUAAACAUGACUAGCUAGUUGUCCAGUAAUUCUUUCCAGGGGAAAUUAGAGAAGCGCGACAAAGCAUUCGAGUUGUUUCAAGGAAUUAAGGAUUAGGACAUCCUUCGUCUUACUGCGUGCAUGUGUUCUUCUAUUUUCUUGGUGCAGGUUUAGAGAAAGACUCCAUGUAAUAUUGCAUUUUCUUUCUUUUUAUUUUCUAUUGCCAGAUGAGUACUUGAAAAUGUUUAAGAAAGAAAUUAUCCUCUUUUGGAGCAAAUUAAGAGGUUAAGCUUAAAUGCUUCAACUCUGUUUCCCCUCACUUUUUCUGCAUUUAUCCGAAAGAUAUUUUAAUAUUGUUUGAUUCAUGUAAAAGUAGCAAACCUCAUCGCAUGGUGAGCUUGUUUUGUUUGUGUAUUAUCUGAUGAAGUUGCUGAGCUUCUUUGAAGUAGCUUAAAAACCUAAUUUGGAAACUGCUUAUUUCAAACUAUGUUUAUUUAGCAGCAUAACAAGCAUCCAGAUUAAGCUUGUGAACUUAAUUUCUGCAGUAUAAAUUAUACAUUAAGUUUUGUUAAACUUAUUUUAAGUUUCUAGUGCAGGUUUCAUCGACAUCUGGAGUAAAUUUGGUAGGCGUGCUCCGUCGAAAAGACUCGGUCAGACUCUUUGUAAAAGGAAAAUGACGGCUACACUGGAGGCGGCAUGAACUCGCAACCAUAUUCUGCAGCUACCAUAUUUUAAUCUCUUUAUCAGAUUUUUUUUAAAAAAUUUAUUUUCCUAAUGCAUUGAAGACAGAAAAACACAUUCGGAACCGAACCAUUUCGGUAAUUGUUGCUCAUGUUCAGUUCAGUCUUCAAUCUGUAUAAGUUUUGUUUUCAUUCGGAUUUUUCGAACAAUGCAUUUCAAUGUACCUUUUCUGUC